GUUUUGUAUCAAGUACAUGCCACUGCCACCGCUCAUUUGUGCUGCGGUUUAGCCAUGGAAGAUUGGGCAGCACAGUAUGAAGAUGACCCUGCCUUGCUGGAAUCUCCUGCCCAAAAGCAGGCCGCAGAGAACAAUGAGUGGCGCAGGGAAGGUUUGGAGGUCACCAAGGGCAACACUCAAAAGUUUGCCAAGGCGCAUAGCACCCUUAGGGAGGCUGCGGCACAGUUCUACAUCAUCAACGGUGCUACCUUGGCAAUACCUUCCCUCCUCGAGUUUGUGGUUGCCUGCAGGAACUUCAGCUCUCCUUGUGUUGCCGUUGCAACAUUGAUGGCCCUGGACGGUGGUAUUUGCUUGGCCUCAAACUUCGUCAGCCUUUGGCUCUUCAACAAGCGAGAGGUGCUUGGGAACGCGGACCUCCAGGCUUACAUUUUGCGGACCGCUCGUGGAGAUGCCGCGCCAGAAGAUGAGGACUUGCCACGAAAGGCAGCAAACUUUAACAAGGUCUUGAGCUGGGCGGUAAAGGCCAUGGUCGCCAGCAUGCUGAUCUCGCUGAUACUUUGGAUCAUCGGCUUUGUUGUGAUUUGGGUCGAGGACUUGUCAUCAUGCUCAGAAGUUCGCAGUUGGCUGAGAUUCAUCCUUGUGAUUCGUGCCUUCAUGCCCUUCCUGGUCAUGUGCUGCAUCAUCCCCAUCCAAGAGCUGUGCUGUGAGGCGGUGUGAGACACCUGACACCUUGCUGGUACGCAUCAAACCUUUGUGUUGGCGACAAUAGGAUUGCCAAGCUCAUUCAAGCUCUCACGAACAGAUUCUUCAGAUCAUGUGCCUAGUGAUGUCAGGUUGCACAUUCACCGCAGUAUUGAUCCACAAGAUUGUUCGACUUGGGAUGGAAUAUGAUGAAAUUAUAUGUUGAGUAUUUUUGCUGGCCUUUCAAGCUCUUAAGAAGC